AUGGACGUGCUUCUCGACGUUCUCGAUACCUUCGUGUUCGACCGAUUAUACGCAUCGAUCUUGCCAAGUCCCCGCCCCAUUCUAUAUGGCGCAGGAACACGGAACGCCUACAACAAACAUAUUGGUCUUUAUAUUCCCCUAGAACCAUCUCUUUACGUCGAUGCAAGCCUAUGGAAGCGCGAUCAUAUCGUACGACAGGCAACGUCACUAUUUCUAAUCUCAUGGAUCUUUGCGCUCGCCAUGUACCUCAUCGGCAGCACUAUUGUUUACCACACAAAGUUUGACAAACGGCUCCUUCGUCACCCUCAGUUUCUCCCCAACCAGAUCCGCCUCGAGAUUCAACAAGGAGUGAGUGCGAUACCCGUGAUCGCCGUUCUCACCACGCCUUUCUUUCUCGCAGAGAUCCGCGGUUGGUCUAAAUUAUAUGAUUUCGCCGAUGAUGCUCCAUUCCGUGAAUACACCUGGCUACAGUAUAUAUUCUUCGUAUGCUUCACAGACUGCGGAAUUUACUGGAUACAUCGGUGGUUGCAUUACCCGCCUGUCUACCGCUGGCUACACAAGCCACAUCACAAAUGGAUUGUUCCGACGCCGUUUGCCAGCUACGCAUUCCACCCCGUGGAUGGCUGGUCGCAGAGCUUGCCGUACCAUAUCUUUCCAUUCCUCUUUCCGCUGCAGAAGGUUGCGUAUCUUGGCCUCUUCGUGUUUGUUACGCUGUGGACAGUGUUGAUUCAUGAUGCCGAGUAUCUUUCGCAGUCCGUGGUUGUCAAUGGGGCCGCAUGUCACACAAUGCACCAUUUAUACUUCAACUACAACUAUGGGCAGUUUCUAACCUUCUGGGAUCGAGUAGGGGGCACAUAUCGCUUACCCAAGGAAGACAAUUACGUGCAAAACGAGAACCUGCAAGCCCAGAUGAGCAAGAAAUGCGACUAG